AUGGUUCUCAAGGUGCUGGUCUGCGAACGAGAGAGCGCCGUCGGGCAAGGCACGACAUCGAGGAACUCCGAGGUGAUUCACGCCGGUUUGUACUACGACCCGGGCUCGCUCAAGGCUCGGCUGUGCGUUCAGGGCAGGCGAGAAGAGUUUGCGGCAGAGGCUCUCUACCGGUACUGUGGCGAGAAAGGGGUGCCUCACCGGCGUUGCGGGAAGCUCGUCGUCGCCUCGUCCGAGUCGCAGCUUCCGGCCCUGAGGGAGUUGCAUGAGAGGGCCAAGGCGUGCGGCGUGGGGGACGUUCGGCUGCUAGGGGCGGCGGAGGCCAGGGAGAUGGAGCCGCACGUGCUCUGCGCUGAGGCCUUGUUCUCCCCUAGCACGGGUAUCGUGGACAGCCACGCCCUGACCCUCUCGCUGCAGGGAGACGCAGAAGCUGCCGGCGCGGUUGUGUCUCUUCGCACACCUGUUCACUGGGCCGAGGCACUAGCAGAGGGGGGCAUCUUGGUGGCAGCCGAGGGCGUGGAUCUCCGAUGCCGAACGGUGGUCAACUGCGCCGGGUUGAGCGCGGUCGGUCUGGCGCGGAGGGUUUCGGGCUCCAUCCCCGAUUCCUUCCCAGAGGCGUUUUUCGCCAAGGGCAACUACUUCCGAUAUGCUGGGCUAGGUGUGCAUGCCACCUUAGACCUCGCGGGACAGGUGCGGUUCGGCCCUGACGUUGAAUGGCUGCCGAGACCUACGACCCAACCACACCAGCACCGGCAACACCAUGGGGUUUCUAGGGAGGCUUUCGAAAAGGACGGGUUCGACUACGGGGUGGACCCAAGCCGCUCGGUGGAUUUCUGCAACGCCAUCCGCAGGUACUGGCCCGGGGUCGAGGAGAGCAAGCUCGUGCCGGACUACAGCGGGAUACGGCCGAAGCUUGUCGGGCCCGAUGGUCCCUCGGUUGUCGUUCACCAUGACAACGACGACGACGACGACGACGCCGGUCAUCACCGAGCUCUCGGAGAAGAACCAGAUGAAGAACACCGCCGGCAUCCUCCUGUUCCCCGGCGCGGGACCAGCCACUUCAGAGGGGUGGCGGACUUCGUGAUUCAGGGCAGGGACGUGCACGGGGUGGACGGUCUGGUGAACGUGAUGGGGAUAGAGUCCCCCGGGCUGACGGCCUCCCUCGCGAUAGCGGACCAUGUCGUGGGCAUGUUGGAGAUGCGGCGGCGGCAACAGCAGGGAGCGCCGUUGUACUUGUUGCAUUUUGGAAGUAGCCAGCUGAAAGUGUUCGUGUGUCUGGAUACGAGCAUGGUAGAUCUGCUAGCAGCACGGGGGGGGAUGGCGGGCCGCAGAACCGGAGGGACCACUCCGGACGGCUCGCAGGCAGGAGACACAAAUAGCAGCGAGCAGAUCGACAGCAUGCGGUCUGAGAUCAGUUCGCUGACACAGCAAAUGGGCCAGCUGGUGCAGCUGGUCGGAGGACUUGCUGCACGUAUAGAGGAGAAGUCCGGCGGUGCCACGGAGGGCGCAGCUGAAAGCGGCGGCGCCGUGGAGAGCGUCGCCACAAGCACUGCAGGUCAUUUUGGGACCGUGCAGUACCACGGGAGCGCGCGGGCAGCGGACCUGCGAAGGGAGUCUUGUCCUUCGGGACGACACAGCGGCGAAGUAGGGGGUUCAGACCCCCAAGAGGUGAUAGUAGCCGCUGCUCACAAUCAAGCUUGUUUCAGCAGCGCCAUGGGAAGUGGUGCUGCUGUCUUCGGUAGUGCGAGCGUGGGAUACCAAAGCGUGAAGUACACAGCGCCCACGUUCAGCGGAGACGCCAAGAGCUUUUCUUCGUGGCUAGAGGAUUUUUUGAUGGCAGCGAACACAGCAAACCUUCUUGAGCUUUUCGAGGAGGGGGGGGCGGAGAUCCCCGUAAACAGUGGGCAGAGCAAAGUCCAACUGUCCAGGUUUUACCCGCACGACAAAGUAGAGCUCGCUUUCCACGCGUGGAAUUUCCUCCGUGGAGCUCUCAAGGACGAGAAAGACAGGACAAUAAUGAAGCGAGCUGAGUCGCCCCUGGGGGCGCUCCGUGAGCUGAAGGGGUUGUACGACCCAGAAUCGUCCAUGCAGCCUGCGGAUGAGUUAAAACCCCUGACAUCCAAGAAGAUCCCGAUGGCAGAGAAUCCGCAACAUGCUCUCAACAGUAUGCUCGCCACCGCAGAGUCCCUUUCGAAACGGGGGCUUGAUGUUAACGAAACCUUCGUUUUGCACCUCUUCUUGGAUGCCCUCUCCAACGAGUACGCUAUGACCAAGCACGCCUUCAGACACAAGGAGAGGUUGACAAGGAGUGACGUCCUGGAGGAAGUCACCAUCGAAUAUCGAUCGAUCACGGAGAAGGUGAAAGCGGGGAAAGGCAAGGGCGCGCGCGGCGCCGAGCAGGGCUACCUCGCCG